AGUCAGCCCUGACAUUGCAAACCUACCCUCUUGUGAUAACAAUCCGCGCCGCUGCUAUCUCUCCCCCCGCUUCUCUCUGCCGACCAAAUCACCGCCGAUCCCUCCGUCUGGUUUCUGCUCUGCGCUGAUUUCACACAAUCGGAGGAAGAUUACGGAACAGGAAAAUUAAUCUUGAUCUUGAGAAAUUUUGCUGGCACUUAGCUAGAACUUUUUUGAUGACAACCCCAUUUAGCUCUCCUUUGACUGGACAUAAUUUCCAGACUUUUAAGUGCUGUUGCUCGGACUGAUGCAUGAACAUAUUGUCUUGUAUAUUUGAUUUCUCAACCUUAUUAUUUGCUCUUCCACCUUCUCUUGGCUUUGUUGUUAAUUGCAUUGUUCAUGAUAUUGUAAAUCUAAAAGCUAGAUACAAAUUUCCAGACAUCAUUUGGAAUCUAGAUUUUGAGAAUUCAUUGAUUCACGGAUUUUGCAACUGAUGAGCACCACCGUCCCUUUGAAUCUUGAAUGCCAUUUCACAAUUCUCUCUUUCCUGUCUUUGCUAGUGGUUUACUAUAUUUAUCAUCCCUUUAUUGAACAUAAUUUUGCCAUUUGAACUCCUUGAGCCAUAUCUAAUGGCACAAUUUCUAUCACUGUUCUCACUUUGCCACUCCUUUUUCCCUUUCGUUUUGUUUCAAUCUGCCCAUUGUUCUCUUCUUUCUUCUGUAAAUGCUUCUCGCUUCUUUGUAUCUAUCCCAGUUGCUGUUCAAGCUUUUAUUCCUAGAUAUAUAAGAUGCCAAGGACACGGGCAAGGGCAAGUGCAGUGUCUGCCAAGUCCGAUGAAUCUCCAAAGCCGUCAAAGAUAGAGAAGCCAUCUGAACCAGAAGAGCAGGUUGACUUUGAUGGGGACAUUGAGGAGACAGUUGAGGAGGAGGUUGAAUAUGAAGAAGUAGAGGAGGAAGUGGAGGAAGAAGAAGAGGAAGAGGUGGAAGAGGAAGAAGAAGUUGAGGAAGAGGAAGAAGAAGAGGAGGAGGAGGAAGCAGAUGCUGAAGAUGGAACUGACGCACAAAAAGGACAAGAUGAAGAAAUGGAAACAGCUGAGGAUGAAGAGGAUUUGAAGAAAAAACAUGCUGAACUUCUUGCCCUUCCUCCUUAUGGUUCAGAGGUAUAUCUUGGUGGAAUUCCUCUAGAUGCUUCUGAAGAGGACCUGAGAGAGUUUUGUGAAUCUAUUGGAGAAGUCACGGAGGUCCGGAUAAUGAGAGGGAAAGAAGCAUCUGAGAAUAAAGGCUAUGCUUUUGUGACCUUCAGGACUAAAGAAUUGGCUUCUACUGCCAUCAAGGAGCUUAAUAACAGCGAGUUGAAGGGUAGAAGGAUCAAAUGUUCAACAUCCCAAGCAAAACAUAAGUUAUUUAUUGGUAACGUUCCUAAAAAUUGGACACUGGAGGACAUGGAGAAGGUUGUCGGCAGGGUUGGACCAGGCAUUAAUUCUGUAGAGCUAUUGAAGGAUCCACAAAACUCUAGGCGGAAUCGUGGAUUUGCUUUCAUCGAGUAUUAUAACCAUGCUUGUGCAGAGUAUUCAAGACAAAAGAUGUUGAACCCAAAAUUUAAGCUUGACGAUAAUGCUCCAACUGUGAGCUGGGCUGACCCGAAAAAUGCCGAGUCUUCAGCUUCUUCCCAGGUAAAGGCGGUAUAUGUGAAGAAUUUGCCAAAAAAUGUGACUCAAGAGCAGUUAGAAAAGAUAUUUGAGCACCAUGGAAAAAUUAUGAAAGUAGUUCUCCCUCCUGCAAAAGCAGGUCAUGAGAGGAGUAGGUUUGGUUUUGUUCAUUUUGCAGAUAGAUCAAGUGUUAUGAAAGCUCUGAAGAACACUGAGAAGUAUGAGUUAGAUGGUCAAGUAUUGGAGUGCUCUCUUGCUAAGCCACAAGCAGACCAAAAAUCAUCUGGAGGAUCUUCAAACUCACAGAAGGCUGCUUUACUUCCAAGCCACCCUCCUCGUGUUGGUUAUGGUUUGAUGGGGGGUGCAUAUGGUGCUUUGGGUGCAGGCUAUGGUGGUGGCUAUGGACAGCCUCUUAUCUAUGGGAGGGGACCUUCAACGGCUGGAAUGGCUAUGAUGCCAAUGCUUUUGCCUGACGGAAGGAUUGGUUACGUCCUGCAACAACCAGGUGUGCAGCCACACACCCCACCACCUCCGCCACAACAUCAAAGAGGCGGUGGUGGUCGUAGUGGUGGAGGAAGCAGUUCAAGUGGUGGGGGGCACAGGCGUGGUAACGAGAGUGGAGGACGAGGACGUAGCCGUUACAACCCGUAUUAGAUGAUGUUUUGAGUGAAUGAAUGACAUAUUGUCUUAUAAACUUUGUUCUACUACAAUUGCUAUAACAACUCUCCUUCCUUUCUCUUCUAAUCAUUCUACUGCUCAACUUUGUUGGUGUUCA